GUCCGCCCUGCCCUGCCUGAGUUUGCAGUUGAGUGCGCCAGGGCAGGCACAGCUGAAUUAUAUAACUUUAAUGUACUCACGGGUUUAAUGGCGCAACGGCAGGAUAUUGCGCCUCAGAUCUCUCGAUUCAUCGCGGAUUAGUCGAUCGAUCACUUCUCUCAAACACCACCACCCUCUACCCCCACCACCAACCCCUUCUCUCUCUCUCUCUCUCUCUCUCUCUCUCUCUCUCUCUCUCUCUCUCUCUCUCUCUCUCUGCCGGCGACGUGCGUUAAAAGUUAUCGACAGAUCGGCGAAACGGCGCACACACGGUGGAUCGACAGCUCCAGCUAGGUCAGCGACGUUGCUGACUUUAGUUAGGGGAACAGCUGAUAUAGCGGACGAUGUUUUCCUGCCGCACGGGGAGAGAGGCAGCGACAGAUCCAGUUGACAUUUCACCACGCAACGUUACUGCGAGGAAGGGGUCUUAUUUGAGAGCUUGACUGUGAGGACAUUGCGUUAUUUCUCUGAUUUUUUUUUUCCCAACCCUCCCCCCCGUCUCCAAGUCGGACUUAACGGGAGAUGACCUAACCGGUGGAGUGCAUUCCUUUUUCACUAGAGGAUAAAGAAAUGGAUCAGGGUGGACUGAAGCGCAACGGUAAUCGAGACGACAGCCUGACAUUUGGGGAGACGGGAGUCGCAGUGGGCAGAGAUACAGGUGACACAGCUGGUUCACUGCUCCAGUCUGCGAUGCACCUGCCCGGCUCCGGGUCUCUGCCCCAACCCACAGUGGCCCCGAAUGGACGGGCUGGAACCAAAGACCAGGGGGAGUUUGUAGGCCUCUUUGAGCCCCCUCAGCGUCACGCCCUAGGUGAAGGGUUAGACAUGAAGGAGGGUAAAAUCAUUAGAAUGCAUAAACAACAACACCAGGAUAUUGGUAUGUUCAACAUGGAGGACAAUAUGCCGUUACUGAACCAGAGUAUUUCCGAUCUCGACCGGACGUCCACCUCUGUCAUCAGCACCUCAGACACCUCCGUCCUGGGCAACCUCCCUCUGCCAGACCUUUUCCCCCAGCACAUCAAGCAGGAGGGGAAUUUUUCUCUGGAAAAGGACUUGGGAACUUACAGUGGACACACAGGAGCUGGUCCUUGUGAUUUGGAUGGCAACAGCACUCGCCUAAUCGAGGAUACUGAGAUUUGGCAAGACCUGGACCUUCCUAAUUCGUUGCCAGAAAUCAGCGAUUUUGAGUUGGAUUCAGAAGUGGCACACUUGGAUAACAUCCUACAUGACAGCAGCGGUGCUGGCGGUCCUGACGGCAGCUUGCUAAAGGAAACAAAGUCUCUGGUGGGUAACGGAGGAAACUGUACCAAUGUGAACGGCACGGACCAGCAGCAGCAGCACCACCCCAUGCACCAUCAUCAUCACCAGCAGCAGCAGCAUCACCACCAACUACUACAGCACCAGCAACAUCAGCUUCACCAUCAACAUCAGCAGCCCCCAUCGCUUCUCUCCAGUGUCAUGAUCAAGGAAGAGAAGGAUCCCGACGACUCUUUUAUCCACAUCCGUACACCUGGUGUUGUCAAACAGGAGAAGCAGGACAGCACUGAUUUCUGCCAGUCCCAGUGUCUCCAGGGCGGCAUGAGCUCUCUCCACAGUGGAGGCCCAAUGUCCUCGCCGAUAGGCGUCGGCGCUGGAUCUGGCUACCACUACAGAGCCAACCCAUCCUCCACGGUGGGCCUACAAGACCAGAAGCCUUUUGGCAUGUACUCAAACAUGCCUCCAGUGGGGGAGAGCUGGGCCAGGGGGAACAGGUUUGGAGACUCAUCGGGGAUACAGAGGAGUGACGACGGGCUCCCCUCCGCCGCAGCCCUGGCAUCUUUUUCUGUCAGCUUCUCCAGCUCAUCUCCCAGAACAGGAGAGAACAGCAGUUCUGCAGUGCCAGGCCAAUCCAAGCCAAGUGGGCAGACCCAUAAGAUCUGUUUGGUGUGUUCAGAUGAGGCCUCGGGAUGCCACUACGGGGUUGUAACCUGCGGCAGUUGCAAGGUGUUCUUCAAGAGGGCUGUCGAAGGAUGGAGAGCACGACAAAACACAGAUGGCCAGCACAACUACCUCUGUGCAGGGAGGAAUGACUGCAUCAUUGAUAAGAUCCGCAGGAAGAACUGUCCAGCCUGCCGCUUCAGGAAAUGUCUUCAAGCCGGAAUGAACUUGGAAGCGAGGAAAAACAAGAAGCUGAUCAAGAUGAAAGUGCACCGGCCCCCUGGAUCAUCAGAGCCCAUCAGCAACAUGCCUGUUCCAGUCAUCCCCAGGUGCAUGCCCCAACUCGUGCCCACCAUGCUGUCUGUGCUGAAGGCCAUCGAGCCAGAAAUCAUCUACUCUGGCUAUGACAGCACACUGCCCGACACCUCGUCACGGCUCAUGACCACUCUCAACAGGUUGGGGGGACAGCAGGUCAUAUCUGCAGUCAAGUGGGCCAAGUCACUGCCAGGCUUCCGCAACCUGCACCUGGAUGACCAGAUGACAUUGCUGCAGUGCUCCUGGCUCUUUCUAAUGUCCUUCAGCCUUGGUUGGAGGUCGUAUGAGCAGUGUAAUGGUAGCAUGCUCUGCUUUGCCCCUGAUCUCGUCAUCAACAAAGAGCGUAUGAAGCUGCCCUUCAUGAACGACCAGUGCGAGCAAAUGCUGAAGAUCUGUAAUGAGUUUGUCAGACUACAAGUGUCCUAUGACGAGUACCUGUGCAUGAAGGUCCUGUUGCUGCUCAGUACAGUACCGAAAGACGGUCUGAAAAGUCAGGCAGUGUUUGACGAGAUCAGGAUGACCUACAUCAAGGAGCUGGGAAAAGCCAUCGUCAAGAGAGAGGAGAACGCUAGUCAAAACUGGCAGCGCUUCUAUCAGCUAACUAAGCUACUGGACUCCAUGCAGGAGAUGGUCGAGGGUCUUCUCCAGAUCUGUUUCUACACCUUUGUGAAUAAAACCCUCAGUGUGGAAUUCCCUGAGAUGCUGGCAGAGAUCAUCACCAACCAGAUACCAAAAUUCAAAGACGGGAGCGUCAAGCCUCUGCUGUUUCAUCAGAAAUGACUGCCUUAAACUGUGAAGCAAUGCCUUAAAUCCAGCCCUGUCCAUGUACCUUUCCGGGGCCCCCAAGAUUUCACCCCGAGCCCUAAGCCUUUGCUUGACCUGCCUCCCCUCCAUCACUUUGAUUCAAAAUCCUUCAGUUUUUCCUGGGCCCCCUUUCUAAGAAUUCUGCCACGCCCCUCCAGGCCUCAGCCAUUGAGCCUAAUCUCAGAGCACAAUACCUGUGGCCUCAUGCCUCCUAAUCCGGUUUUGGCCAAACUGCAGUAGGACACCCUACCACUGACCUGUAGCCCUUCCUCUUGGUUAAUCAAGAAGACUUUGGCCUUGAUGGGGAAAUGUUACGGCUCUGAAUGUCUUGUGGGCAGGCUGCGUUUUGGUGAUCUACUCCCCCCAACCCCCCUCCCACAUCUUUCCUGCCUCCAGUGUUUUACGGCUGUUUUCACUGACAAGCCAACACCUAGAUCCACCUUUUCGUCCUUCAACAUGACACCUAACAUACUGUCCAGCUGGAUUAGCAGCCUGUUGAAGCUUGCCCCCAAGUUCUGUUCCUCAGCUCACCUUCCCAGCUUGUCUCUAUUUGCCCUUCCCAGCUCCACUGCGCAGAGAAUGUAGUGAGUAUUCACUUGUUGUGGUUUCCCAGAGAACUGUUGGCGAUGAAGGGGAUAAACAAAAACACAGAAAAAUUAGAAACAUAUUCUGGCAUGAGAGAAUCUUUUUUUUUUUGCUGGACCUAAGGACAGUGAGGAUGAACUGUUUUCAGCUGUGAAUCAGUUAUCUUUUCUGAAAUGAAACAAAUCAGAUUUAUAUACCCAACCAAUGGAAGAAAAAAAAAAAAAUAUUCUCAAUUUGUUUUAUGCAGGCACGCAUCUCUAAUCACACAUGCAAAAGUCAUGCUUACACGCAUAAACAUAUAAAGAAUACACAGACAUGCAUUCACACAGCAAAAUGUUUACACAGGAUGUAUCUGAAGGGAAAACCAGUGCCUUUUAGCUUUUAAAGCUCUUCAUAGCCAUCCUCUCUAAACCGUUGUGUUUCUUUGCAUAAGAAUGUAACCUUGACAUCCUUCCACAUAUUUUGUCUGCUUUAGUUUUUCCACGCUGGCAAUAUCUGUUUUCUUUCCAAACCGCCAUUUCAGUGUUUUUAAUGUGGGCAGCUCUCUCUGUUCUGAUCCCCAUAAGGAAGACAGCCUAUGAUACAGUUUGGAAAAGUGUAGUGCCGCAUGACAUGGUAAGAUCCUAAUAUUUUCUUUCAAACACUUGAAGAGUUUGAGAAUCACAUCAAAUACACAGGAAAAGUAUCACAAAAUGUUGUGAAAAUCCCAAACAUUUUACAUAUUUUUUCCCCAUGUGAAGUAUAUUUGAUAAAUAUAGUGCAUCUCCCAAUUAGGAUUACAGUGUUUAAAGUUAUAGAACCCAGAUUAUAUCAACAAAUCAAAUAAAAUGUUGAAUAGACAUCCAAAUACUAUCUCUAAAUAUCUUCAACAAAUUUGUGAGAGGCUGCAAACAGCUUUCUGCUAAAUGUACACCACUGGAAUUUAAAUAAGAUAUACCUUAUGUUUUGUUAAAUUUAGGGGCAGUUUUGCUGACUUUAACAUUCCAAGAUUUUUACAUCUUGGAAUAAUCAGUGAGUUGUUAAUUGGAAUUAAAUAUGUUUACAAAUUUAUUCAGAUGCAAUCGCACAAAUGACUUUUUUUAGUACUGAGCUGCAUUUGAAAAGUACACAUCCAAGGUGUUAAAAGUCUAAGGUGUCUGUGUGUCGAUAAAUAGCCAUAAGUCAAAACCGUCCUUAUAUUGCCAGCUGCAUUCAUACUGCAGUUCUAGUUCUAGUAAAAUGGUUUCAUACGACUUAAUUUUAAAAUAUGCUUUCAUGGAGCAUCAGUUGGGAUGACUAACCUGACCAGACUGCCUGUUACCAUCUCAGAAAUCACAGCAAGGUCAAAUAGGAAUGGAAAGAAUUCCUGGUGAGUGUUGUAACCUAACAGGAGUACUAGUUAAAAAGUUUUAAACAAUUCUCAAGCCUCUAAAUAGUUAGAAGAUUACUAAUUGAUUCUCCAGAAAUGAUGUACUUCACCAGCUAGUACUCCUGAUAGGUAAAGAAAAAACAUAUUAUUGUUUGUGACGAAAGUAUUGCAUUUUAGAUGAAACAUACCCUUUAAUCAGCUUCAUCUCACGAGUGUUUGCACAAACAGGAACUGGGGUUAUUAUUAAGUUGUUGAGCUAAACACGGCAGAAAAGGUAAAUGAAAAUAUAUACACAUAUAUAUAUUUUGUAUAUGAGAUGUUAAAAAUUGAGACACCCAUAACCCAUAACCUAUGUUCUCAGCACAAGAUUUCAGUGAAAGUUGAAAUAUUUUUGGAAGAAGAUGCAGUUUGGUAAGAAAAAAAAAAAAAAAAAAGAAAUAAUAAUAAGAAGAAUUUGUGAAUUAAAGCUCAGGCUAUGAGAGACUACAUCACCUGGAUGUGUUCCACUAGUGCCAAAUCUAAUAGCAAGUUAUUUUUUUAUUUUUUUUUUAUUUUUUUUCCUGGAGAUGUGAAAGAGUGAUAAUUAAGUUGUGAUUUGACAUUACCUGGUUCUUGUAACUUUGCUUAAGGGUGCUCAUUUGUGAGAAAGAUCUUAGUUCUGUGUCACACCUACACCAGCUUAAAAGUACUGAUUGUUAUCAUCCAAGUAAGAGUAUAUAUACUUUUUUUUUUUUUGAGAUGCACAAAAUGUUGUAUUUUUGAAAUUGCAAAGUAAGCAGUACUUUCUACUGCUGUCAAACAGGUGGUGAUCAGCAUUUUGGUACAUUUCUAAUGUGAAAAUAUGAUUGUACCAGCUUAUGCGAUAGCCAAAGGAAGAUACAUUAACAUUGCAGUUGUACAUUGGCUUCUGCCAAAAGCAUAGACACAAUGCUCCCCUCCCCCUCAUAACGGAAGCAGUUCUAUUUUCCUCAUUGUUUCUUGUAACUGCCAGGCCUCUCUGCCUAAAAUGUCGACCAUAUAGAUUUUCAGCAGUACUCUGAAUGGUACUUGUCCUUCCACAUCGCAUAACUCUGAAUGGCAGUUAAUAGACCAGGUAGCGGGUUGCCAUAGAGACCAGUCAUUUAUGUGUUACUUACAGCUAACAGCACAGCAGGCUCUGGACGCAUACAAGCCACUAUUCAAUAAGAGCCAUCAUGUUUUUAAAAUUAGCCAUUCUGCCAAAGGAUGGCCACUUGCAGCAGGGUUGUUUCAUGUAUAGUAGGCUUUCAGCUUCACCUGCUAACUUGGUCUCAUGGCCUUGGGCUUUAAAGAACAUGGGGUUGAUGCUACUCAUGUCUCUGUAGAUUAUUCUGGGGAAGAUAUGACUAAACUGUCUAGUUGUUUGGGUAACUUUGCAUACAGUAUUAACAAUUGUUUCCAGGUGGUGGUGCUUCAGAAAACCAGCUUUAAAGUGUAGAUGUAACCAUAUCCCUGCUCAUUUCUAAAUGGCCAUAGAUGUAUAUAGCAGCGCCAACAUAUCCCGUGCAACGUAAUCAGUGUCUAUUAUUACAAGAUAUUUUUACAUAGACAUAACCUCUAUACUCCUAUACAGUUUCUCUUUUACCUUUCAGCUUCAUGUUCAAUUAAAGGCCUUGUGAAAGGGAGACAGAGAGCCAUAGAAAUAAGAUUUCAAAUCAGGAAAUAGAUGAACCCUUAACAAAUAUAAAUGCUUUUGGAGAUUAAUCUGUUGUAAACAAAAAAACAAAAAAACAAAAAAAAGCAAAAAAAAAAAAAGGACAAUAUUUUCUGCAAUUUUGAAUACAUCAGCUUGAUCCUCUUUGAUAUGAUAAUUUUACUCAAUCCUUUUUGUACAUUGAACGAGUCAAGAAAGUAAAUAUUUUUCUGUUUGUUGGUUUGUGUUUGAUUAAAGGUAGAUGUGUUGAAUUCAUUAGGAAGUGUUAAACAUGUUUGUCUUGUGAAGUAAAUGUAAAUUUUACGAGUCAAUGGGAAAGUCUACACGAGCGCUCACUGUGUUUUAAAGUUAUAAGAAAACGAGGGAGAGGGCGGGAGGGAAGGAUGGAAGGUGAGGCGAACUGGGGGAGGUUUUGUGUUAUAUAAGAGUGACCAAAGCAGAGGAGAAAAAAAAAGAUUUAACAAACAAAAAGAAGUAUUCAAGUAGUUACAUUUUAAGUAGCACUUACUAUCCAACUUGUAGUACUUCUUAUUUUAUUUGAAAGGUAUCUUUUGUAAAGGUCAAGGCUUUGGAUCCCAUGUAUAUUGCUGUUAGGAUUUACUGGUCACUUUAAAAUAGAAAACAAAACAAACAAAAAAAAGUUGAAUCUCCGCGUGAAAGUAAAUCUGCCAGAGCCUGAUGGAAUUGCACUACCCUCCUACUGGUUGAUAAAGUCUAUUUUGUAUAAAAUACAUGCAAAUAUUAUCUUUAAAGAUUAAGGGCAGAUCAUGUUUCACUGGUAUAUAUGGCUAUGGCUUUCAUUGAAGUCUGUUAUGUUCGUAUUUCAGUUAUGUAAAUGUAAUCCAAUGUAAAAAAACAAACAAAAAAUCUAAAAUGUUUGUUAAAAAAACAAAAAAAAACAAUAGUUUGUAUUACUUCUGUAUUACACCUCCUCUGUAGUCAGUGUCGAUAUUUUCACCUAUUUGAUUAAAUGUUGAAUUAAGUUAUCUGUGUUGUUCUUUGACAUUGGAUUUAGCAUCCUGUUGGUAACAUCUUGGUUGAUGAUUUUGUCAUCACUGGUUAAAAGUGGAAAUUCGGAAGAACUGAUUUCUCUUUAGUUCAAACAUCUUACACAAUAAAGUUUUCUGUUUUUCAAUGCUCA